CCUACACUGUCUGAGGAAAAAUAAAUAGAGAGUUUAAUAGGUCACUUCAACAUCAUAUCAUCUUCCCAAAUCCUCCACAUUUUUAAACCAAUUCUCAAUCAUUUUAACACCAAAUUUCAUUUGCUCUAAAAAUAAUUAAAUAAACAUUUCUUUACAGUUCACACUCAAUUAUUAUUUCAUCUCCCCUCUGCACAAUCACACAGUACUACUGCAAUGAACUCAGUACUGUUUUUUAAUAGUUUUUAAACCAAAUAAACCCACUUGAAAAAGAACAUUAAAAUCUUUGGUGGGUACUUGUAAUUUUUCAUUUUCAUGAAGAUUCAAGAUUUGGGUUUUAAUAAAGAUGCAAACUUUACAAAAACCCAUUAAUAUUAAUGUUAAUGUUAAUGUUGAUGAUGAAGAACCAAGAACAACCUUUGUAAGUGAGUUUAGUUCUUGUAAUAAUAAUAAUGAUGAGAUUGUUAAGGAGAGUAGAUCUGAUGAUGAGGUGGAUCUGGAGAGUGGGGUGAGUGGCGAUGAGAUUAAAAUGCAUGCAUUAAAAGAUGAGAAAGAUUGUAGGAUUUGUCAUAUGAGUUUGGAUGUAGCUAAUCAAGAAUCUGGUGCUAAUGGUUUGCCUAUUGAGUUGGGGUGUUGUUGUAAAGAUGAUUUGGCUGUUGCUCAUAAACAUUGUGCAGAGGCUUGGUUCAAGAUUAAGGGAAACAAAACCUGUGAGAUUUGUGGAUCAGUUGCUCGCAAUGUUACGGGUCCAAAUGAAGUAGAGUUGGUCGAGCAGUGGAAUGAAGGCAAUGAAGCUGCAGUAGCAACAGCAGCUCCGUCGGUGCACGCCAUAGAGACUCGACACUUCUGGCAGGGCCACCGGUUCCUGAAUUUCUUGCUAGCAUGUAUGGUUUUUGCCUUUGUCAUCUCUUGGCUCUUUCACUUCAAUGUACCUUCAUAAAUUAAAUCAUGCAUUGAGUAUAGUAAAUUUCUUGAAUAUUAUGAUCGAGUUUGAAGAGAUGCGUAGUAAAGUACCAUAGCUUAGUGCAUAUAAAGCAAGUUUUAUGCCUGUCUAUAUUAAUAUUAAAUCUUGAACUCAAGGUUCCGCAAUCCGUUCCUCUUUUAUGUUAAAUUGAGUUUCUUUUUAAUUGA